AUGGGCAAGGCAAAUAACGUGACUGAACUGAUCAUCACUGGCCUUUUCCAGGAUCCAGAGGUGCAGAAGUUGUGCUUUGUGCUGUUCCUUCCCGUGUAUCUGGCCACAGUGCUGGGCAAUGGCCUCAUUGUCACAAUAGUCAGUGUCAGUAAGAGUCUGCGUUCCCCCAUGUACAUCUUCCUCAGCUCCUUGUCCCUGGUGGAGAUCUGCUACUCCUCUACUGUUGUCCCUAAGUUCAUCACUGACCUACUUGCCAAAGUUAAAACCAUCUCCCUGAAGGGCUGUCUGACUCAGAUAUUCUUUUUCCAUUUUUGGGGCGUUGCUGAGAUAUUUUUGCUUGUGGUGAUGGCCUAUGAUCGCUAUGUGGCCAUCUGCAAACCUCUACAAUAUAUGAACAUCAUGAGUCAUCAAGUGUGUCACAUGCUGGUGGGUGUUUCGUGGCUGGGGGGCUUUUUGCAUUCUCUAAUUCAGGUUAUUAUCACUAUUCAGUUGCCCUUCUGUGGUCCCAAUGUGAUUGAUCACUACUUUUGUGAUCUCCAGCCGCUAUUCAAGCUGGCUUGCACUGAUACCUUUGUGGAGAGUGUCACCGUAAUGGCUAAUAGUGGCUUAAUUGCUCUGUGUUCCUUCCUCAUCUUGAUGUCUUCCUAUGUCAUUAUCCUUGUCAACUUGAGAAAUCAUUCUGCAGAGGGGAGGCACAAGGCCCUUUCCACCUGUGCCUCUCACAUCACUGUGGUCAUCUUGUUCUUUGGACCUGCCAUAUUCCUCUACAUGCGGCCUUCCUCUACUUUUACUGAAGACAAACUUGUGGCUGUUUUCUACACAGUCAUCACCCCCAUGCUAAACCCCAUCAUCUACACACUCAGAAAUUCAGAGGUGAAAAAUGCCAUGAGAAAGUUGUGGGUCAGAAAAACGUAG